GGAGCCUGCCCGGCGUGAGCGGGGGACGCGUGGUGUGAUUGCCCAGGAGAAAGGAAGGCGCUCCAGUUCCGGGUCAGGCCCUUCUCCCGUUUCCCUCGGCCUCCGCCAUGGCGAGUAGCAGCGGUGCCGGGGCGGCGGCGGCAGCGGCGGCGAAUCUGAACGCGGUGAGGGAGACCAUGGACGUUCUGCUGGAAAUUUCAAGAAUUUUGAAUACUGGCUUAGAUAUGGAAACUCUGUCUAUUUGUGUACGGCUUUGUGAACAAGGAAUUAACCCAGAAGCUUUAUCGUCCGUUAUUAAGGAACUUCGCAAGGCCACUGAAGCACUAAAGGCUGCUGAAAAUACGACAAGCUGACUUUCUGGAGAAAUUCUGAUGAGAUAUGUCAAGCUCUUCAAGAGGAUUUGAAGAUUGCAUUGUAGUCAAGAAUGUACAAUGAAAUUACUGCAUGCAGCAGUGUAGAAACAUUUUCCUUUUUAAAAGAAUUAUAAAACCAUAGCUUUAUAAAUCAGUGGAAAAUGGCUUACAGAGAGAUCAGAUGUGUUUACAUCACAUCUUUUUUUUAACAGCUCUAAUGCAUUGGCAUUGCUGUGUUCAUAUUUAUGUAUUCCUUAUUUAUAGCUCAUCAUGAUAGCUUUAAUUUUCUAAGCAGUCUAUCAGAUGUGCACAUCUGCUGUGCCUGGUUGAAGUAUAGUGGAACCCAUCAGAAGUAAUGUAGUAGUUAUGACUUGUUGACAUUUCCAUUAUAAAAUUUAAUUUUGAAUUGCUUAUGCAAAAUAACCAUGGAUUUGUGUUGUAUUGGGCUAAAAGUUGACAGAAUUUCAGCCACCAUUUGUGAAUUUUGAUUUAGAAUUACAACAUAUAUCAGAAUCUUUUUUAUAAGAGCACAGAAAUCAUUUGUUUUAACCUGCUCUUCUUUAACAAAGAGUAUUUAGUUUUUUAAACAUGAAAGUUUUUCUGGCAGUUAACAGUAUGAACCAGAUCAUUUUUGUAUUGAUCGAAAAAUAAAACUUAGAAACUUAGAUUUUAAAAGUAGUGACAGUGCUGAGUAUUGUCAUUUGAAUCAUUUAAAUUUAAUCAUUUAAAUUUAAUGAAACUAUUGACAAUAUUUAUCUUUCUAAGUUUUAUACUCUAUAAAUGAUGGCCUAAAAAUAAUGCAUAAUGAAACACUUCCAAUAUGCAAAAUUCUUUAAUUUUAUUAUGUAGAAAUAGUUUUGAGUGGUUACCUAAUAUAUCUUGAGUGGUUACCUAAUAAAUCACUAAAUAGGAAGUAUUUAUCAACAAAUACGGUGUUUUCUGAAGGACUAAAGAUUUCCAGUCAUUAAACAAAAACUAAAUAAUCAAGUGUUCUGUAUCAGGAAUUAUAAGUAUUCCUUUCCAAGGUCACGUUGUGUGUCAUUAUUUUUUCCCUGAAAGUUUUAACUAAUCAAAGUGAUGGUUCAAAAUAAAUUUUAGAAAAUGUAGGAUAGUGUUAAUUCCGUUCCUGUAGCAAAAUCUCAAAGGAAUAUUUUUCCCAAGAGUGAUAGGAUUUUAAUCUGAUUUUAUUUUAGAUUUUAUUAGCUUUCAUUUAAAUGAUAAUACAAGUAUUUACUCUUUAGCAGCAUUUUUGUUCUUCAAAGUAAGGCUUAGUAAUUAAGUGACAACCUUCUGUUGUAAAAUCUAGUCUUGAUUAUUUUGACUUUGUAAGCGCCUAGCAUCUUUACCAAGGGCACUGGAAGGUGUAUUAUUGGCAGACUCAGUUGGGAGACAAUAACGACUUGUGAUAAGUCAUUUAUUUGAUAGUAAACACUGCAAGUCCUGCAUGUUGUUACCCAUAAAAUCAUAAAGACAACAUUUUUGUCAAGCUCCAAAGUUGGUAUAUACUCUUAGGCCACAAGAGUUAAUAGUUCUAUUUAUGAUUUUUAGAUUAAGUUAUUUAUGUAUGAUACAAAGCAGGAAAAUAUAUUGAGAAGGCGUUAUGUUUAACGCCUUAAAGAGAACUUCUUUAAGUGUUAAAUUUAAAUGUAAACAUAUAUUUUUAAUGCAUACUUCAGUACUGUUUAACAAAAUCAAAAAUUGUAAUGAUACAAUUGGCAGUAUUAUGCAUGUUGUCAGUGACAAAAAAUAAAACCAUUGGUGGUAUUGACAUGUA